CAGGGUGCUGAAUGAAUGGGGAGCACCCUGUGCCCAGAGGGGACUCUGGGGACAGCCGUGCCCCUGACACCUGUCUCCCCACAGAGCUCCAUGAACCUGCCCCCGGACAAGAUGAAGCUGCUCAGCCAGUACGACAAUGAGAAGAAGUGGGAGCUUGUUUGUGACCAGGAGCGUUUCCAGGUGAAAAACCCGCCGUCUGCCUACAUCCAGAAGCUGAAGAGCUACUUGGACACAGGCGGUGUGAGCAGGAAGUUCAAGCGGCGAGUGCAGGAGUCAACACAGGUGCUCCGGGAGCUGGAGAUUUCCUUGAGGACCAACUACAUUGGUUGGGUCCAGGAGUUUCUCAACGAGGAGAACAAGGGGCUGGACGUGCUGCUGGAGUACCUCGCCUUUGCCCAGUGCUCUGUCGCGUAUGACAUGGAGAGCACUGAGAACGGCAGCCCGGGCUCUGAAAAGGGCAAACCCCUGGAGCGGUCAGUUGAGGAUCUGAGCAAAAGCAACUCCUCAUCUCCCACACACAGCAUCUCCAAAGUGCGGCACCUCACUGUCAGGCUCAACCCCUCGCACAGCAGAAAGGCACUGAGGAAUUCUCGCAUCGUCAACCAGAAGGAUGAUGUCCAUGUCUGCAUCAUGUGUCUCCGUGCCAUCAUGAACUACCAGUCUGGCUUCAGCUUGGUGAUGAACCACCCAGCCUGUGUCAACGAGAUCACCCUCAGCCUCAACAACAGGAAUGCCAGGACAAAGGCCCUCGUGCUGGAGCUGCUGGCUGCUGUCUGCCUGGUCCGAGGUGGCCAUGACAUUAUCCUCGCUGCCUUUGACAACUUCAAGGAGGUCUGCGGCGAGAAGAACCGCUUUGAGAAACUGAUGGAGUAUUUCCGAAAUGAGGACAGCAACAUCGACUUCAUGGUCGCCUGCAUGCAGUUCAUCAACAUCGUGGUGCACUCGGUGGAGAACAUGAACUUCCGCGUCUUCUUGCAGUACGAGUUCACCCACCUGGGGCUCGACCAGUACCUGGAGAGCCUGCGUCUCACCGAGAGCGACAAGCUGCAGGUACAGAUCCAAGCCUACCUGGACAACGUCUUUGACGUGGGGGCCAUGCUGGAGGACUCAGAGACCAAGACGGCCGUGCUGGAGCACAUGGAGGAGCUGGAGGAGCACGUCAGCCAGCUGACGGAGAAGCUGCAGGAUGCAGAGAACGACUCCAUGGCCAAGAUAGCGGAGCUGGAGAAGCAGCUGAGCCAGGCGCGGCGGGAGCUGGAGGCGCUGCGGGAGCAGCUCAGCCCGCCACGGGCGCUGGAGCGGCGGCUGGCGGAGCUGGAGGAGAAGGGGUUAGUGCAGAUCCUGCGUGGGCCCGAUGGAGACGUCGCCAUCGAAAUUGUCCCUGUCGUCAUAGAAACUACAGCAGCCCCCAUGGUUACCGGAGAGGCCACCGCCACCAGCACAGAUACUCCGGCUCCAGCUCCAUCUCCUGCCCCAGCACCCGCUGCCCCACGUGAGUUGGUCCUGGGAAUGCUGGGAUGUUUCUGUGAGCACACUGGGCUGGGGCUUGCCCCCCCAGUGACACUGCCCUGCUCUCACCCUGCAGUGAAGGUGAAGAAGCCGAUCCAAACCAAGUUCCGCAUGCCUGUGUUCAACUGGGUUGCACUGAAACCGAGCCAGAUCGACGGCACUGUCUUCACCGAGCUCAACGAUGAGAAAGUGCUGCAGGAGCUGGACAUGAGUGACUUUGAGGAACAGUUCAAGACCAAAGCGCAGGGCCCCGGCCUGGACAUCAGUGCCCUAAAGGUGAAGGCCACACAGAAAGCCCCCAGCAAGGUCACACUCAUGGAGUCCAACAGGGCCAAGAACCUGGCCAUCACACUCCGCAAAGGCGGCCGCAGCAUCCAGGACAUCUGCAUGGCCAUUGAGACGUACGACCAGCAGGCGCUGAGCCUCGACUUUCUGGAGCUGCUGCUGCGCUUCCUGCCCACUGAGUACGAGCGGACGCUCAUCGGGAAGUUCGAGCGGGAGCAGCAGCCUGCGGAGGAGCUCUCAGAGGAGGACCAGUUCAUGAUCCGCUUCAGCAAGAUCCCGCGCCUGGCUGAGCGCAUGAACGUCAUGAUCUUCCUGGGCAACUUCAGCGACACGGCCCAGCUGCUCAUGCCGCAACUCAACGCCAUCAUCGCUGCCUCCAUGUCCCUCAAGUCCUCCAGCAAGCUGCGCAACAUCCUUGAGAUCGUCCUGGCCUUUGGGAACUACAUGAACAGCAGCAAGCGUGGGGCAGCCUAUGGCUUCCGCCUGCAGAGCCUGGAUGCGCUGCUGGAGAUGAAAUCAACAGACCGUAAGCAGACACUGCUGCAUUACCUGGUGCGGGUGAUCACAGAGAAGUACCCCGAGCUGACCGGCUUCCACACCGAGCUGCAUUUCCUUGACAAGGCGGGCACAGUGUCCCUGGACGGCGUGUUGCAGGACGUGCGGAGCCUGCAGCAGGGCAUGGAGCUCACCCGCAAGGAGUUCAUGCGGCAGGACGACAGCCUUGUGCUCAAGGAGUUCCUCAAGGCCAACACGGAGCUGAUGGAGAAGCUGCAGGCCGACAGCAAAACUGCCAAGGAGGCCUAUGAGUCGGCUGUGGAAUACUUUGGGGAGAAUCCCAAGACCAGUCCUCCCACUACUUUCUUCCCCAUGUUCAUGCGCUUCAUCAGAGCCUACAAGAAAGCAGAGCAGGACAUCGAGCUGUGGAAGAAACAAGAGGCUGCGGCCAAGGAGGCAGAGUCCGGCCGCCCCGGCAGUGAGGAACAGCUCGACCUGAAGUCACCAUUCCAGAAAGCCAAGCGGCAGCAGAUGGACAUGAUUGCUGAGCUGAAGAAGAAGCAGAUGGUAAAGGAGCCACUCAUUUAUGAAGGCAAAGACGGGGCCAUCGAAGACAUUAUUUCAGCUCUGAAAACUGUUCCUUUCACGGCCCGGACGGGCAAGCGCUCGUCCCGGCUCUUCUGCGAUGUGAGCUUCAGCGAGGAGAGUCCCCUGUAGUGGCUGCCUAUCUGCGGAACAACCCGUACCGGCGCGCUGAUAAGGGCCGCGGCAGCGCCAAGAAGCGGACGGUGGGGCAGAGCCUGCAGGCCACGC